AUGUCGCAUUCUAGCGAGGCCUUUGGCGCGGCCACGCGCUCGCUCCACGCCGACGAUGUGCUGAACGUCGUCACCGAUGUCGCUCCUCCGUUGCACCUGUCCACCACCUUCCGCUACUCUGACAAUCCGGAGGAUUUGAUGCCGGCUGCAGAUGCUGCCAGCUUCGAAUCCCCCAAGCCUACCUCUCACAUUUACUCCCGGUUCACCGCACCCAAUUUCACUCGUUUCGAAACUAUCCUCUCCUCUCUCUGCAAUGGCAAAGCCCUCAGCUACUCAUCCGGUCUCUCUGCUCUGCACGCCGCGUUGACUCUGCUCAACCCACGCCGCAUUGCCAUGGGUGAUGGCUACCAUGGCUGCCACGGUGUGAUCGGCUUGUUCACUCGUCUGACCGGACUGAAGAAACUCGAUCUGGACUGUCCUGCGGAACAAUUGGAAGCCGGCGACGUCAUACUCCUUGAGACACCUGUCAACCCCAAAGGCAUCGCCUUCAACAUCGCCGCCUACGCAGAGAAGGCACAUUCCCGCGGCGCCUACCUGAUCGUCGACAGCACCUUUGCACCGCCGGGUCUCCAGGAUCCGUUCAAACAUGGCACUGAUCUGGUCAUGCAUUCUGGAUCGAAAUACUUCGGCGGGCACAGCGACGUUCUGUGCGGCGUGCUCGUCACCCAGCGCGACGACUGGGCCAAACAACUCCACCAAGACAGGCUCUUCAUCGGCAGCGUAAUGGGUAACAUGGAGAGCUGGCUCGGCGUCCGCAGUCUCCGCACCCUCGAAAUCCGCGUCCAGCGCCAAAGCGACAACGCAGCCCGUCUCGUCUCCUGGCUGGACACGGCCCUGCGAGCCCCCAACCCUGCACCGGGCAGCGAAGAAGCUGCCGUGCAAGCCGUGCUGGGCGAAGUCUUCCACGCAAGUCUGCAGCAGGUCGAGGGUGACUGGCUCAAGAACCAAAUGCCCAAUGGCUUCGGUCCCGUCUUCUCCAUCCAGAUGAAAGAGGAGGUCUCCGCGCGCCACCUGCCGAGUAAAUUGCAUUUCUUCCAGCAUGCUACUUCGCUCGGUGGCGUGGAGUCCCUGAUUGAGUGGCGCACUAUGUCGGAUACGACGGUCGAUCGCCGUCUAUUGCGUGUUAGUAUCGGUUUGGAGAAUUGGGAGGAUCUCAAGGCGGAUCUGAGUCGUGCGUUCCGCGAGUUGGGGUCCCGGGAGUUGCCGGUCCGAUAG